UACUCAUUCCAAGCAGCACGUUGACCAUCUUAACGAUCUCUCUUUCCCUCUCAUCCUCUAAAACACACACACACACACACACACACACACACACACACACACACACACACACACACACACACACACACACACACACACACACACAGGCAUUCCCAAGAUGCUGAGGAACACUCACGCACAGGUUCACUCUCCUUGACACGUACACACGCGCACACACACACUACCUCACUCUCUGGUGUGCAGGCGGUGCUGAGCAGAGCCGUGAAGAGCAGCUGGAGAGAAGCCAUCUCACAAGAGGAGAGAGAGAGAGGGAGAGAGAGAGGAGUACAGCACACAGAGGAAAAAGCAUCCAAGGUAGCAAGAGAGAGAGAGAGACAAAGGAAAGGAAGGAACGGGAGAAGCGAAGGAGUGAGCAGGAAGCGUGGACCGCUCUCGGUGUGAAGACCUAGAGGAACAGGAGGGAGGAGGCUGGUGUCUUUCUCAUCGGCAGCGGAGCACAGACUCGGCAUUAUGGGAAAUGCACCAUCCCAAGCUAACACCAGGACCUACUUUCCCAAGCAAGACCCGGAGCGUGGUGGAGGUCACAUGAUCUCCACAGAUGACUUGGAGUACCCACGCGAGUACCGGAGCCUGGGCAAUGGCGCGCGCCGCUUCUCCAACGUCGGCCUGGUGCACACAUCCGAGCACCGGCACGCGGUGUUGGCCGCUCAAAGCCUUGAGACUCUCAGCAACCUGCACAAAGCCGAGCUGGAGCGCAAACGUGAUGUCUUCAUGGACCACCUAAAGAACAAGUAUCCACCUCAGCACUCGCUUCCUCCAUCACCUUCUCCAUCCCAUGGCAGCAUGAGAGGAAGCUCGGAGAGGAGCGCACGUGAACAGCAACAGCCAAACUAUUGGAGUUUUAAGAGCCGUAGUCCACGCCAUUCCCAGUCCACUCAAUCCGGUUUGGCCGAUCAAGCGUCCAAACUGUCCUACGCCUCUGCGGAGUCUCUAGAGACCAUGUCUGAGGCUGACAUGCCACUUGGAUUCAAUCGCAUGAACCGCUUCCGCCAGAGCCUUCCUCUGUCCCGAUCUGCCAGCCAGAACAAACUGCGCUCUCCAGGCGUGCUGUUCCUGCAGUUCGGCGAUGAGACAAGGCGUGUCCACAUCACGCAUGAGUUGAGCAGUAUGGAGACGCUACACGCGCUUAUUGUGCACAUGUUCCCCCAGAAGCUAACAGCUAGCAUGCUCAAGUCCCCCAACACGGCCAUCCUGAUCAAGGACGAGGCACGCAACGUGUUCUACGAACUGGAGGAUGUCCGGGACAUUCAGGACCGCAGCAUCAUUAAGAUCUACCGUAAGGAGCCUGUCUAUGGUUCCUAUACAGCGGCUUCUCACCUGGCCAAUGGAGACCUGAGGAGAGAGAUGGUGUACGCAUCACGUGAAUCGUCACCCACUCGCCGCAUGAACACGCUGCCCUCCUCUGGCUCGGCUCCUACCUCCGCCUCUCCCGCUCGUUCCCGUCUUUCCUACAGUGGAGGUCGUGCUCCUUCGUUCUCUGGCUCUCAGCACGGACACCACGGCCACCACGGCUCUCCGGCUCACGGGCAAGCAGGGGGCAUGACCGCAUCACCGUCAGCCAUCCUCGAGCGGCGAGACGUUAAGCCCGAUGAGGAAGUCGCCACCAAGAAUGCGCUUCUGAAGAACGAGAGCCUCUAUGCAGAUCCGUACAGCCUGGUGCCUGAUGGACAUCGUCUCAGCAUCGCAUCCAUGGGAGAGCCGCUUGGCAUGCCGGGGCCGGGUGGGUUGUACCGGCGCGGUUCUGUGCGCUCUCUGAGCACUUAUUCAGCCGUGGCGCUGCAGGGAGACCUGGACGACCCGAUCUAUAAGCCAGGUGCUCCGCUCUAUCCGGACAACUACUCUGCUUUGGGGACAGGCUUCAGGCUGUCGUCUUCGUCCUCUCCUCAGAAGAUGUCGGAUUCGUACUCGGGGACGCUGAGCCGCAGCUCGCCCGUCAGGCAGAGCUUCAGGAAGGACUCGUCCUCGUCUGUGUUUGUGGACAGCCCCAAAUCCAGGCCCAGUUCCAGUUCCGAGCCACUGGGUAGCGAGAUAGGGAGGGGGAUUUCCGGCUUCGGGAAUGAGACUGACACACGCAGGGAUCGUAUGGAAGCCAUGGAGAAGCAGAUAGCAAGUCUCACAGGCUUGGUGCAGAGCGUCCUAACCAGAGCACCGGACAGCGACAGCACAUGCGGCCUGCUGCGGCUCUGCAUGAUGGCGGGCUGCCCUCGGGACCCAGGGACCGACUUCUCACGGCCCUUCCCUUUCUCUUCCAGCGAGAAGACGGAGUCCACCAGCGACGGCUCAGCCACAGGAAUUGGCCGGCUGAAGAAGAAAGCUCUGACCCCAUCGGCCCCGCUGGCCCUGAUGCCUCCUCCGCCCACAAGUCCGCACACCUCCACUGUGUCCAAACUCCAGAUGCAGCUCCACCUACAUGAGCUAAAGCAGAAUGCCACUGACCUGCGCAAACAGCUUGCCCAGCUCCGCAAGAUGCAGCUGCAGAAUCAGGAGUCAGUGCGCUCUCUGGUGAAGCGGACGGAGGCGGAGCUGAGCGUGCGAGUGUGUGACGCUCUGAGGAAGCAGGAGGAUCCUCUCCAGAGACAGCGCCUCCUAGUGGAAGAGGAGAGACUCAAAUACCUCAACGAGGAAGAGCUCAUCAUCCAGCAGCUGCAUGAUUUGGAGAAGUCAGUGGAGGAGAUCCAGAAGGAGAGCUCGGUAAACCACAGACACAUCACAGUGCAGGAGCUGGAGGAGAAGAGCACGGUGCUGAGGAGACUGGGAGAGACUCUCACUGAGCUCAAGAAUCAGUUUCCUGGGCUGCAAAGUAAAAUGCGUGUGGUGUUGAGGGUGGAGGUGGAGGCUGUAAAGUUCCUGAAGGAGGAGCCACACCGACUGGAUGCUCUGCUUAAACGCUGCAAAACCAUCACUGAUACACUCACCGUGCUCAAGAGGCAGGUGAACGAGGGCGUGAGGAAGAACAUGGAGGAGUUUUCCAACCCUUCACCCAAACACACCAUCGGAGACGACUACAGGAAGAACGCCGACUUCGACAUUCCCACCAGUCCACCGCUCAACCUUAACGAGACCAGCCUGGCAAACUGGAGCCCUCACGGCCACACCCAUUCCCAUGGCAACUCAUCACCGGGACAGCUGAAGGGUCGGGGUCUGGAGGAGCUGGGGGGCCGUGGAGGGGCUGAUAAGGCCUCGUCUGUGGAAGUCAGGCUGGCAGCUGAAAGGGACUGGGAGGAGAAGCGAGCCAGUUUAACCCAGUACAGCACUCAGGACAUUAACCGACUCCUGGAGGAAACCCAGGCCGAGCUCAUGAAGGCCAUCCCAGAUCUGGACUUUGCUGCUAAUCAGAUCAAACCAAUGCAGAAUCAGAACCCGAUCCAAAACCAGAACCAGAGUGAGUCUCUGUCUAGCAGCAACGCCACACCUGAGCACAAACCCAACAAACCUCAGCAUCCCUCACACAAGGUCUCCAACAAGGAAGGCGGCUCCAGGCGGGGAUCGGACGAGCUCACGGUGGCGAGGUAUCGCACGGAGAAGCCGUCCAAGUCACCUCCGCCUCCACCUCCACGCAGGAGUUUCCCCACCUCACCAGGCCUCACUACACGCAGCGGAGAAGUCAUCACCUCCACCAAGAGCAUGAAGAAAUCAGAAUCAGAAGAAACAGAGAUUCAGAAACCCCACGUGAAGUUGAGGAGGAGUGUCUCCGAAGCUCCUCGGCCUGCAUCCACACCCCCGACGGUGGCAGGAGGGGAGAGAGAAGACGGAGAAGUCGAGCACACCGCUGCCGAACUAGAGCACUUCACGCUGUUGCAGGGAAAUCUUCAGCACCCAAACUCUGACACACAGCCUCCGGUCAAGCUUUCCUCUUCAUCCGUCCCUCAGAUUGUCCUGACCGAGUGUCCCAGCUCAUCGUCUGAGAUCUCUACGACGCAGGUUUCCAGCUCGAUGUUACCACGGGACAGGAAUGCGGGAAGCCUCAGUUACAGCAGCUACAGAGUCAAGAGUCCACGUCUGUUGCUGUGGAAACUGGAGCCGUCGACCAAUCAAACGCUAUCUCAGAUACCGGCUUUGAGCAGAACUAUAAAGGAACCCAAGACCGACAUGUUUACCGAAUCAACUUCACCAUCACCUUCACUUUUAGCAGCGAAGAAGCCGGCGAGAUCAGUGAACACGGAGCUGAUGAUCCAGGAACCGUUUGAGACCGACGAGAAAGACGCAAUAGAUAAAGGAGAAGAUGAUCAAUGCCGUGUCCAGGAGCGUAAAGAGGACAUUAGACACAGCACGUAUCGGCGUCUGGGCAAUCUGGAGGAGACCAUCCGUGAGCUGGAGCUCAGUCUGCUUGAUUUUGGAGCGCAGACCAUCCCAACCUGGUCUCAAAGUAUUCCAGAUACGGAUUCCCAGAUGUCCACCAGCACCGUAGAUGCUCCAUCAGUAUCUACCAUAAAGAGCUCGGGAAGAGGAGAGAUCCAGAGACCUCCUGUUCCACCUAAACCCUGUAUAAACACAGAUGCAUUCAAGGGCGGUUGCGGAAAGGCGAUAUCUCGUCUAAAGCACCUUCAGCAGAGCGGCUUGGACAAGAGCAAAGUGGGCAAACAGAGAGAAGACUUCCUCAAGAGCCAGGGACAACAGCAGGUACGACCUUUAACCCCUGACCACCUGGAAAUCAGCUUAAAGCCUUAACCUCUCACUGAUCAGAGUGAGAAGAAACACAACUUGACCUGAAACAUGACCUGACCCCAUCCCCCUCUCCUCUUCUUCCUCUACAUCAUCCUCCUUGGAGUCUCUUCGGUCCUGUGUACGCAUCUAUUAGUCUCCUAUUCACAGAUGUGUAUGUAUGUGGGAAAAAUAGGAUCCAUCCCUGAACCAAAACCCUAGCCAGGCCUUCCGUGAGCAUAUGGGUUCGAUUGCUUGAAACGGAUGACCAGGAAAGACUUCCCCUGAAACUUAUUUACUUCAUAAAGAAUAGUAUACCUCCUCCUCAUUUUCCUCUCUCUUUCUGUCUUCUCUGCUUGGCACUUUCCCACCUCGCUGCCCGUAGAAGGAGUUGUUUCUUCUCCCCAACACACGGGCUGCUAGCUUCUCUGGUCGUCUACCAUCCGGGCUCUAUAAAAACUACCAAGAGGAUCUGAUCUCCUCGUCUGGACAGACCAAAGCCCUUCUAGCCACCCUCUCCACUGAGGCCCUGCUACUUGCCACCACCCUCAGACAACGCCGGCUACUUCGAGAACAGAGCGCCGGCUCUUCAAAAACGUCCCCUUCACUCUCCAACAACCACUCUUCAUCCCCUUCAAGUUCAUCAUCCUCAGCUUCAACCCCUUCUCCCAUGUCCACCAGCUCAUCCCAUGACCCAAACCUCUUGAUUGGUGACAGUAUAAUAGACAAGAAGAAAGGAAGUGAUGUUGUGCCCCAGUUUGUUCCAGCUACCAACAUGGAGUGAGGUACUGUACUGGAACGCCAUGCAAGGUGGAGGUGGAAGAACAACAGAAACAUCUCUAUAUUUACAGAGAAUAAAAACUUAUUAGUCAUGUAGAAUCUCCUCCUCCAUCUUGGCUGAACCCUUCGAGGAGCCUGCAGAGAUGAUGCAGGCUACAUCCCACACACGCAGCCUACCAUCUCUUGUUCAUUAGGAGUUUAUUCUUCUCCCAUCUGCAUCCUCCAGGACCCUGACGGUACUGCCAGUAUUCCCUCGAAAAGCCCACAGAUGGGUUUGGACCCCCUCCAUGUUCCAGCUCUCAACGGGCCGGCAACAUACCACUCACGUCAGGCCAGAGAAAUGACUCUCUACCCCAAACACAGUCAUCCAUCUGCCAAAUAUCACCUUUGACAGACCUUGUGGUGUCUGGUAGAUUUUUAUCAAGUGUAAUUAGCUAGACCGUGAACACGUGUGAGUGAAGGUAGAUUCGCAAUAAUCCAAAAGUGAGUACAGUAGUAGUCGAUGUAUGUAAAGGUUCGUAUCAUCUCAAUAUUUAAAAUGGCAGAAUGUGAGAAAAACAACAAAACAGAACCGUAUAAUCAGUAUUUUUUUAGUUCGGGGACAGUUCCUCCGGGUAAUAACAGAACAGACAAAGUACUGCACUCUAAACAACAACAACGCAGUACUUACGGGGUUUAUCGUUUAACCUUUAGUUGGAAGAGGAUCAUUUUAGAGGAACAUUAUUAGAACACUUCGUUACACCUUAACGACCGCUGGUCUACCUUUGACACUCCAUUCGCAUUCUCGCUAGCUUGGUGAAGACGAGUAAUAGAAACCGGUGCUAUCGUCUUUUAUAAAGUGAUGGGAUUAACAAUAUGUAAAAAAAACAAAACAACAACAACAAAAAAAAACAGUGUUCGAUUCAGAUUCUAUAGUCUUUAUUAUAUGCACACAGAAGAGACAGAAUGACUAUUCAUAUGGCUGAUUUGUCCUAUUUCCAUAUUUCUUCAAACUUGGCACAAAGUUACGAUUGCGACAGAUGGAUCGUGGGAUGUAGAAGGACACUCGGUGUUGAGAAAGCUGCAGUUGGUUAAAUUGCAUGUCGGAAGGUUACCUAAGGCACAUUACUCUGCGUGAUGGAGGUGUAGAUGCUCCAGGUGUAAAAGCACAACCGGUGAAAUCUGAAGGUACUGAAACGAAGGACCUUCUCAACCACUCGGUUUUUUUUUAAAGCAUAGAGAUGAAUGAUUAUAUCUGACAAUCAGCACACGGUCGAUUGGCACACUCUGGUGCACGCACCACACGGGCACUGCCACAGAUGUACGUGGUAAAGCUCUGGAUUCAUUCAAGGGGCAGUUGAUGUAGUGAAGCAGACAAUGAUAGAUCUUUCCGAUGAGCCAGAAAUAUAAAACUCCAGAAGUGACGCCUUGAGUCGGGGCAAAAUCCGAUCCCACCGGUGGAAGCAACCAUUUAUUUAUCCAAGGGAGGAUUGGUGCAGUGUUUGGAGAACUUGCUCGUUGAGUGAGGGAAGAGCUGUAGAUCUCUAGGUCUGUAACCUAGAGGUCCCGAAGACUCGCUCAUGUUUAGGAGCCUUUUCCAGAGCAGGCUCAUAACAGGCCACUUUGGUAGAAGUAAUCAAAAGGUCAGACCAAGGUCCAUUAGGAUAACGACUAGGAUUAUGACUCAGUAACUCGUACGCUGCACUCGUACACUAAAGGUUUCCAGGGGUUUCGUUAACACGACGUAAAGUGGGCGUGUUUCCCGGAAGUCUUGGAUAAAAGCCCUCUUUCAAAAAAAAAAAAAAAAGAGCA